ACAUGUUAAACAGUGCACUAGACUGAUGGAUGUGGGGGACCCCCAAAUUGACUGCUCGCCUGGACCCCCAAAUGGUUAAGUUCGCCACUGCUCCCACCAAAUAAUUCAGAGCACCAAACAGUCUACACACCCAUAACAAAAUCAAAUGAUCCAACAUCAAAUUGGUAACACAUAUCUGCAAAUGGUAUUACACUGACAUGUGAAUUGUCUUAAUUGCCAAACAGUUUUAAUUUUGGACAUUGCUUUAUGUCCCCUUUAAUUCUUACCCCACUCACAGAUAUGCAAAAGGUCUUGUGGGUCGUGCGAAUAUGACGCAUUGCAAAGUUAAUAUUAUUCCUGAGGUUGUAAGCUCCAGCCCGUCCACUGAAAAGUUUUCUGGUAAAAGAUUAUUUCUGGCUUUAAACAUUAUUUGUGCUGUAGCAUACUCUACAAUGUCAGUAUAUUUCAAUAAUUUUGACUGCAAGAAUAAUGAAUUUGUGUAUUAUCACAGCUCUUUUUCAUUUUGGAUUUUAGGACUAUUGUGCGUGUUACUGAAUAGUACAACCAAUUUCCCAAUUUAAAAAAGGUAGCCCUAAAAUAAAAAAGAACAGAACAUUUAAGCCACAUUACCUUUUUUUUAACAGAUUUUAAUAUUUGAUAUUAAUAAUAUUUGUGCUGAAUUUUAUGCUAGGGAAAAGUGAUAUAACUGACUGAGACCACUGAUAAUAACUCUGUGCACAGCAUUCGACAGCACAUCUAUACAGCGAGUAGCAGACCUCGCAGACAGGGACCCUGUUUCACAGAGGCAAUGGUACCAUCCAUUGACUUGCUGUUUAGUAUUAUAUUCUUUACACGUAGCGACAGCGUCAGUGCAGAUAAGACACACCGGCUUUCCAUUCAUGAAUCCAGGUAGGAUGACGCAUACUUGUCUCUCCAUUCUUCGAUUAAUGUCCCAUUUUGGCUGUCAACUUUCCUUUUUAGACUUUUGGAGAGUGACAUUUACAGGUUUAAUGUUUAGCUAAUUUCACUCUGCACACAAACUAAUAUUGUACCUUCUGCACACAAACAAUUUUUAAAAAUUGCUACACUGUACGUGAGGAGUGGAGUCACCAAUACCAAGAAAUAAUUCUGGAGUUAAAGUAUAUUAAAUAAUUAUUAGAAAAAGUUAGGCUCUGCUACAUGAUCAGUCGUUUUGUUUUGUGUGUAAAAAAAAAAAAAAAAGGAGCAGUCACUUUCAAAAUUAAAAUCAUAGGCUACGUUUUUAUUAAUCAAAUUAUCAAAAGGGGAAAUAAAACCAAGCUCAUUAAGAGCAUUUCAUGACUCAAUUCUGUAUAUGAAAUUUCUGAUUUAAUUUCAUAAUGGGUCUAUCCAUGUCCUCUGUUAUUUCUUGAGUUAUUUUUAUGCACUCUCUGCAUAUCCCACACACGCGUGUCCUGUAAGGCAGUCUGUUGCAGAUUUCAGUUGUUUUUUUAUCAAUUAAUUUAUUAAAUUAGCCUUUGAUUAUGUUCUGGCCCGCCAUCUAAUUUCUGAGAAGAAAAUUGGCCCGAGGGCAAACUUACUUGCAGACCCCUGCUGUACAUGCUCACAGCUGUUUUCUGUAGUGCAGUGCCCCCUGUGCCCUCGGCGCUGCAGUGGGUGUUAAUAGUAAACAGUGUAGGAGAGCUUCAGAUAGCCUCCGCCACUGUUUUUACGAGAUAAACUCUUAUCUCCUUUAAGCAGAUGGAUUUCCUUCGUGUCAAAUGCGACCGUGCAGUGUUAUUGGUGCGUUUCUCACACUGACGCUGCUCUGCACUGGCUGUGCGAUUACACCUCAGUUACAAAACGGAAGAACUUCUGAAAUGCUUUGAAGCUCAAAUGCAACAUUGGAACUAAAGCAGUGAAUAUUUAACGAGAUUUAAAGGAUGAUCGGCACCACAAGAGGAAACUCUGAAGCUGGUCUGACACUAAAAGGGUCCAGUGUGUAGGACUUGUGCUGCAUUCACACGCCAUCAGAGAGACAACAGACGGCAAACUGCAUAUUAUUUUAGUGGAUGAGAGCAGGAAAAAAACUAAGGAUGCUCUCCGGUUUAAAGAUUGCUGUCUUCCUUGUCUGGGCCACAUCAAGCACACAAACUACUGCUCAGCCCUGCCUAUGUUCAGCCCUCCAGCCUGCUAGUCUGCAGGUCAACUGCAGCUCUUUAGAGCUGGUGCAGCUGCCUCAUCUGCCCUCAGACACCACAGAGCUCCACGUGCAGAACAACCGGCUCACCUCGGUGCCCCCAGGCCUGUUUGACAAGCUGGUUGGUCUGAAAAAGGUCUCACUAUCUGGGAACCCCUUCCACUGUGACUGCAAUAUCCAGUACCUGAGGAACUGGUUGCUGACGACGAGGGCUGUUGUCUCCGAGGAGCCCACCUGUGCCAGCCCGAGCUCUGUUGCUCAGAGAGCCAUCACUGAACUCAGCGAUGACUACUUUUCUUCCUGUGCACUCGCUACCUGUACUGAUGGAACGUUUGACACCGUAAUGGGAGUGAUGCUGUGCUGUCUCAUUGUUCUGCUUUUGUGGAGCUUGAGGCUUGCCAAAACAUCCACUUUUAUUCUGUACAUCGAUGAGAGACAUUCGGGAUUCCAGGCCGACUCUUUGCGCUCACUGAAGCCCAAGCACAGGAGGAGGCUACACACUGCACAGCCCGAUUCUCUCACUUUCGAGGGGGAUGAAGAGAAGCCUCCUUUCAACAUGGAGUUACUGCCACAAGUACUGGAUGUGUUGCAAAAGAAGCACAAUAUAAAAAUAAAGGCUACCUGAGGGACCUACUACAGUGGAAUUACAAAAACACUGAAAAAAAACAAAGUGGCAAAUAGUGUAGUAGCGCUGCAAAGGAUUUCUUGUUUUUUGAAAUAAAGUUAUUUUUAAGGCUAAACCACAA